UCUGGCAAUGCCUGUGGAUUUUAGUGGAACCUGGAACCUUACCAGCAGUGACAACUUUGAAGGUUAUAUGGUGGCCUUAGGUAUUGACUUUGCAACACGCAAGAUUGCAAAAAUGCUGAAGCCUCAGAAAGUGAUCAAACAAGACGGUGAUUCUUUUUAUAUCCAUACCACUAGCACAUUCAGAGAUUAUUUGCUUGAAUUUAAAGUUGGAGAAGAGUUUGAAGAAGAUAACAAAGGUCUGGACAACAGAAAAUGCAAGAGCCUAGUUACCUGGCAAAACGACAAACUCGUCUGUGUCCAGACUGGUGAGAAGAAGAACAGGGGCUGGACUCAUUGGCUUGAAGGAGAUGACCUUCACCUGGAGCUUCGUUGUGAGAAUCAAGUGUGCAAACAGGUCUUCAAGAGAGCUUGAACAGGUGUACUAGUUUCUACAUGGAGAGACAGCUACCUAUGGGAGUUGAUGCGUCCUCGUGUUCAGCAAUGAAUGCAGGGACAAGAACUGAUUCCUUGCACCUAUUAAACCAAAUGACCUGAUGUUUCUUGCUCAGGAAAUACAUCUGUUGUCACUGGUGUGAAAGACCUUUUUUUUUUUUCCUAAUAAAUGCCUCAA